UAUCAUCGUCAGAUUAUURUUUUCUUUAUUAUUAUCACCGUAACUAUAUUAUUUUCUCUUUCACAUAAUAUGUAUAUAAUGAUAAUAUCAUAGUCUUGGCCGUCCGGGUUGUAUGCGUGUGUGUACGAGUGCGGUUAUUAACAUUACAUGUUUUAUUAUUAUACCGCAGUAGUCCGUCGGGUAUGUGGUAGGUAGGUAUGCCUAACUUUAUGUUAUACGUUCUAAAAUAUUCGUGCCGGUAGCUGCUGCUGCUAUAUACAAUAAUCGGAUAAUAUACGAUUUGUAUACUCGUCGAGGCGCGGGCGCGCGCACGCGUGUUUGGUGUCGAAGUGUUGCGGGUGAGUUAUUUUCGUACGGCCGCGCGAAACUCGCCACUGAUUGAUUGAAAUACAGAAAAUAUUGCAUUAUUUUAUUCUCAUUACUCAUUACAUUUAACGUCAUCGCGUUACUUCUACACCGCAUACUACCGUUUGGAUAUUAGGUAGCUACCUACUAUUUUAUAUUGUGUUGUAGUACGUCGAAAAAAUUACUAACCUAAUUUUCGUUACGUCAGUUUUUUACGCGAAACGAUUCAGUCGAUAUUUUAAGAUCCGUAUGAUUGUUUAUACCUCAUACCCAUCAAAAUCAAAAAUAUGUACCAGUGCGGUACUUAUCCGACUGCACUCGGAUAUCACCACCAAUCGUCCAGCUGGCCAUCGCAGUGUUACUCACCACACAAGGAUGAAUUCCAUCCGUUCAUAGAGGCGUUGCUGCCCAAUGUAAAAGCGUUCUCGUACACGUGGUUCAACCUGCAGGCCGCUAAACGCAAGUAUUUCAAAAAACACGAGAAGCGGAUGUCGCUCGAAGAAGAGAGACGGUGCAAGGAAGAGCUGAUGAACGAAAAACCCGAGGUGAAACAGAAAUGGGCGUCUCGGCUUUUAGGAAAGCUUCGGAAAGACAUAACUCAGGAGUGCCGGGAGGAUUUCGUGCUGAGCAUAACUGGCAAAAAACCGGCCAUGUGCGUGCUGUCCAAUCCCGACCAGAAGGGCAAAAUGCGGCGCAUCGAUUGUCUCCGGCAAGCCGAUAAGGUAUGGCGGCUGGACCUCGUCAUGGUGAUACUGUUCAAGGCGAUUCCACUCGAAAGCACGGAUGGAGAACGGUUAGAAAAGUCACCGGAGUGCACACAUCCCAGUCUGUGCGUGAACCCUUAUCACAUCAACGUGUCCGUUCGUGAGCUGGACCUGUAUUUAGCCAAUUACAUCAAUAGUCACGAAGUCUUAAGUGGAAUAUAUGACAACAACAAUGAAAAAGGCUAUUCGCACAACCCCUAUAACGGUGUGGUAUGCAACGAUAACAUUUUAGCGACCGGAGUUUUUUCGUCCAAAGAACUUUGGAGGCUUUCCAAAGCGUCUAUAAUUCAAAAUCCAAACGGUAUGCCACCCAUGAACAUUAUCAAAAUCGAAAACCCAGGGUAUUAUUGCAGCAGCUUCACCCCACCAGGCGACCACUCAUCCAUCAUGGCAUCUGGCAGUUACAGCCCGAUGUCGAUUCAGAGGACACAGAGCCCGUUAAACGAGCCCAGAAUUAAACGAAUGCGGAGAAUGAGCUCUGCCGAAGAUACCGAAAUYGAUUUGGGCGGCCAGAGAGAUAAAUCCAGUUCAGAGAUCACAUACUACGGCCAGAGUCCAGCAUCCCUAUCUAGUCAAACCAGUUGGCACUCGGACAUUGACCAUGGUAUUCCUGGCCAACACUCAGGAAGCAUAGCGUCCUUGGCAUCCGCUAACUAUUACGGUUCGGCGACAUCGGGACCCGAACAACAUAGUCCGGCCAAGUACCCGGAGAACGGGCACGAUACGCUUUCGGACUUUGUCACAUUUGUGUGUCAAGAAGCGGAGAGCUCUCAAGGCGCACAGGCGGGACCUACAAGGAGUCCAAAAAUGGCCCAAUAUUAUCCGAGCACAAUGCUACCACCACCUCCUCCACCGCCCAUGGCGCGGCCAGUAGCCAUCAUUCGAUCUACAGGUGAGCUGACCAUUGCUCCGUCCAACUCGCCGCCGACUUCCAACACACCGCCGAUGGGCGGCGGAGGCGGCGGUGACGGAUCGCCCGGUGGCGGAAGAGAUUCSGAUCAAAGUCCGCCGCCGAUGAGCGGUCAACUAUCAGAGUCACAGCUGUCCGGCGGCGGUCGAAGUGUGGUAACCGGCGGUAGCCCGUUUGCCGUGUCCGCUAACCGCGAUUACCAUUUCUCGCACAUACAACACGGCCAGCUGUUCAGCUAUUCGAACAUCGGCACCGUGAACACUGUGACCGGAGUGAUAAGUCCCACCAACCUGAGCCUGUUGUCCAACCCUGGCGGUAGUCCGUCGUCGUCUUCAGGUGGUGGCAAUGGAGGCGGCAGUAGGUCUCGCGGUCACUCACAGACAACGUUACCGCGGUGGAAUACGCAGUGCUCGGCUGGGCCGCCAUUUAUCACGCUCGAUGAGGACUACAUGAUGACACCACUGAUGUCCGGCAAUGGUGGACAAGGCAACGGCGGCACACUGAUCGACGACGGCAAGUAUUAUUCACUCGUAUAAUUUGUCGAUAUUUAG